AUGAUUUUCGUGCUAUCGAAAGGAAAAAUCCCCCCUCCCCAUAUCAAAACGGAGUUUCUAAUGCUGGAUUUGUGUACACAAAUCAGCGUUGUAUUGCAGAGAGCCAUUGCAGCCAGAUCCCCAGGCUAGGUAGGGGCGUAUGUGUCUAGUUGUUCAGCAUAGCAGACGGCUCCCCUUUAGGCCCAGCAGCAUGACAAAUCGCUUCCAUAAUAUGGCGGAAGCCUCUGCCGUUGUUUUCUUGCAAGACAAAUGCGAUUUGUGACAUCAAACUAGCAACGCAAAUUUUCGGAGACAUACCUUUUCAAUAUCGGGAGAGGGGAUAACUCCUCUUCUUGAUACGUGCCCCUGGUGGGUCUGCUCAACAACGUGUCCGCGUUCCCCGGGUUCCCGAAGGAAAGGAGCGACAUCGUGUACGGGCUCGUGGUGUCUCUCGUUUUUUUCGCGAACGAUAUUCUGGAGUGGCUCUGGAUCACCUGGCGGUUUAUGUUGUUUGACGACGAGCAGGUGGAGUUCGUUGCUGUUGCCCCCCUUUUGUGCCAUGCACAAGCAUCGUACUCGUAUAAAUGCAUUACAAAUUUCCCCAGCGUGAGAAAUUGAAUUUGUAAUGCGGAUUUGACUUAAUGUUUGUAAUGCAAGACUUGCAAUACGAAUGCAAUACGAUACUUUUGCAGUUCAUACCCUUCUCGCCUGCUACGAUGGGGAGCCCUGGCCGGUGGACGACGAGAUAGACCAAGCGGGAGCCGGUAUCGCAAGAAAAAACUGUUUCACUCUAAACCUGUAAUGCAGAAAAUGCAUCACUGAAGUGUUUGUCUUGCUACACAUGCAGGACAAGUGAUUUUCAGCGGUGUUUUCCCUUAGGAUACUCGCAUGGCAAGUCUUCUUUCUAUAUGUGUAGCGAACUUGUAAUGCAAAACUUGCAAAAUCCUUACAGUGAAACAGUUUUUUCUUACGAUAGCCGGGUCACCGGGUGUAUUAUCCUGUGCAAAAGCUUACGUCCCAAUCACCAUCCCAGACUUGUCAUGCAAAUAUUCUGCAAGUAGCCUCGAAUGUUUUUCAUGUGUUGGUAGCCCCUCGAUGACGAGCAUUCUCAUUUGGCAAGACUGGUAGAUGGCCGUUGGUCGUGGUAGAGGCAGGAUGAGAUAAUCGAUUUGUGAUGCAAUUGCACUAAGUCUAACUAAGUAGUUCUAGUUUAGUACACACGAUUGAUAAGAAUUUACACGGGCACAAGAAGCCCAAACGAUGCUGAUGCGCAGCAGCGCAGUUGGUACACUUCGUGGGUUUGUCGUGCAGCCACAUCUCCAUGAGGUCCACUUUAUUGGGACGAGGUGACGCUUUUAAAUAGUAUAGGGCGGUGCCGAAAUUUCAGCGGAAAGCGGACGGGAAAACAGCGACUCCAGCAUCUCCGCAGGCUCUUCCUCUGGCACGACUUUGCGGUGGUUCGGACAAAUGUUGAAAGUUUCCUGCUUCGGCAUGGGUUGUUACACUUUGUUCGUUAUGACGACGGUCCGGUAUCAACCCUACAACUUGAAGUUGCUGCAGGAGGCGACCAGCCAAUCAGGUCUGACCUGGGACCACGUUUACGCGCAUUGCGGCUUAUGAUUUCAGUAUUUAUUUGGAGAGCGGGAUAGAAGUAGAACAAAUGAGCGACUUGUGGAUAAAGAGUAAAAGUGAAAUAAAAAAGAUCACGACCGAAAACGAAAACUGAAUUCUUCUGUGGUAGACUAUCAACAUAAGUAGCGACUUCAGCCCUUCCGGACGACAUUGCUAGUUUCAAUCUUAUGAUGCCUCGCGGUAGCUUCCGAAAAAUAUAUCACUCUCGUUAUGUAUUUAUCCCUUCCAAACCGAAACAGAAGUAAAACGGGCAGGCUGAAAGGACGAGCAAAUGUAAGUAGCAAGAUAAUCUACAUGCACAGAGUGACGCACACGAAGAGGAAGAUCUAAGGAAGGCGGAGUAUGAUCCCGCAGUGAUCUAACCUUAGUUCGUCAAGAAACCGUUGCUGGCAAGUUAGUGAACAAGUACACGGCAUAGUUCAAAACAAGUACAUACAACAGUAAAAAAAAACGAUAUUGAACCGAUUUGGAUAUUCGGCUUGGGCAGACAGGUUGCAAGUUGUAUCUAUCAAGUGAUGAA